AUGCCCUCUUGUACGUCGAAACGACAGGGGGAACCAGCCCAAUAUGCAAUCAGUGGAGCCGACAUUGCAGUUAUAAUGCUCGCUCAAUUGGUCAACGUACGGACUGGAAUCAAGGUGCUCAGUCUGCCACAGCCAACGGAUAUACCGACACCUGGAACUCCGGUUUUCAUUGUUGGUUAUGGAAGGGAUGAUAACGACCGUGAUCCACAACGUAAAAAUGGUGGAAUUUUAAAGAAAGGUCGAGCGUCUGUAAUCGAAUGCAAACAUCCGACCGGUGGGAAUCCUAUUUGUGUGAAAGCAGGUCAGAAUAUGGGACAGUUACCCGCUCCAGGUGACAGUGGUGGACCUCUCCUUCCAUCCCCUCAAGGUCCAGUACUCGGUGUCGUAUCACAAGGUGUCACAAUUUCAACCCUCCCCGAUAUCAUUGUCGAGUAUGCCAGUGUGGCUAGAUGGAUGGAUUUUGUACGCUCCAAUAUUUGA